AUGGAUCACUCGCACAUGGUUCACGGUCAUAUGGACCAUGACAUGCCGGGUAUGGACGGCAGCCACAAAUGCAACAUGAAUAUGCUGUUCACAUGGGACACCAAGGACCUUUGCAUCGUAUUCCGCGGCUGGCACAUCAAUGGCACCGGUUCCCUCAUCGUCUCUCUUCUCGCGAUUGUCCUUAUGACGGCUGGAUAUGAGGCCGUGCGUGAGGUUUCCAGACGGUAUGAUCUGUACACUAAGAAGCUGGCGGAGGGCAGGAGGGGUGGAGAUGAUAUGACGAGUGAUUCGCCUCCGCAACGUAAAGCUGCUGAAACAGACGAAUCGAGCUCAUUGCUUAUGCCAGGGAGAAUCUCGGGCAGGGUCAGUGAGCGACAGACGAAGAUCGUUAAGGCGGUACUGUAUGCUGUUCAGGUCUUUUAUUCUUUCUUCAUUAUGUUACUAUUUAUGACGUACAAUGGCUGGAUUAUGUUUGCGGUCGCAGUUGGGGCCUUUGUUGGAUACAUGCUGUUCAGCAAUUCGCCACCGACGAAGACUGCUGCCUGCCAUUGA